GAUUUCAUCAGUCUUCGGUUCUCUCUGCCUGUGCCUGCGGCUUUAAAUUCUCUCUCUACAAGGACACACACAGAGAGACCGGGAAAAGAGAGAUGGCCAAGACGCUGCUGGUGGUGGCGCUGCUGCUCGUGGCCGUCGUCGGCCGGUCGUCGGCGGAGCUCUCCGCCGACGAGCAGAAAAAGUGCCAGGCCGAGGUGACGAAGCUGAUGGACUGCCUCCCGUACGCGCAGAAGUCGACCAACGAGCCCGCGGCGAAGUGCUGCGCGUCGGUCACCGACAUAAGGACGGCGGACGCCGCGUGCCUUUGCUACCUCCUCGCCGCCACCCUCAAGGGCGACGACGCCGUCAAGCAGCUCAAUCUCGACAGAUCCAGGAUGCUGUCCCUCCCUAACGUCUGCAAGCUUCAGAACACCUCCAUCUCCGACUGCCCAGCACAACUGAAGUUGUCGCCGAACUCGCCGGACUACGCACUCUUCAACAGCUCAGCUACUCCAGCUCCAGGCGCUCCACCAAAGGUAUCAACAACAACAACAACCACAACCAGUGCAGGAUCGCCAUCUUCGGAUGCUUAUAGUCCACGGUCGAGCCAGAACAGUCCAACCUCUGGAUCCAGUAGCUUCGCCAUUUACGCGGUUUCUGUCGCUGUCGCUGCAUUCUUCGUCAUCUUCCUAACCUGGCCAUGAGGACAGCAGAGAGAAGCUUUGCUAUUUUGUCUUUCCUUUCUGUAAAGGACACAGCAGCCCAUGGCGGUCCUUUUUGCUUGGAUGCUUUUUUGUCCUCUUCAUGUGAACUCUUUCAAGCUACCAUUUCCUGAAUUGUUUGAAACGUAUGUGGAUCACAUUGUUCACCUUGUUCCUGUUGGAUUUUUAGAUGGUCUGAACAACAGUUGAAUGAUUUUUCUUUUCUUUUCUUA